UUCCCAAUGACGUUGAGUCAAAUUAAAAAAUUCGAACAACUCAACAAUAUAUCCGUCAAUGUCUAUACCAUCGAGGGAAAGAAGACUUCAAACGUUCUUCCAAUACAGCUUACCGACCGCACGAGUAAUAAACAUGUCAAUUUACUAUACGUGCAGGAUCCGCGAGACAACAAUGUUGGACAUUUUGCGUGGAUCAAGAAUCUAUCCCGUCUCGUGAGCUCACAAUUGACCAAGCACCAUGGGCAGAAAUACAUUUGUGAUCGAUGUCUUCACUACUUUAGUUUGAGCGACAAGUUGCAGUCUCACACUGUGGAUUGCCGAAAGGUAAACGACUGCGCUAUCAGACUACCGAGCGAGGACAACAAAUGGCUGUGCUUCAAGAACCACAGCAGAAAAGAGCGAUUUCCCUUCGUGGUGUAUGCCGAUCUGAAGUGCUUGCUGAAGAAGACACGACCGAAGACGGAACACGCGUCAUACGCCUAUCAACAUCAUCGGGCAGUACAUUGA